CAACACAAAGGGUAUCCCACGUUCCUUUAUAUUUUCCACACCGAACCCUAAGUAUUGAAAAAAGAUUUGUCGUCUGUUUCGUUUUAAACUAGUGUUUUUGUUUUGAUUUUGUUCCUCAUUCUCUGGUUCUGAAUCUGUUUUACGGUUUAUGUUGAAUUCCAGUACUCCUUGAUUGGUGAUCAUCAAAGUUUCCCAUCUAAUUGUACUACUCGCUACCAUUUACAGAUCAUAACAGUUCCUGUUCCGUUUUCUAUUAGCUGGUCUAGUCAUUUUUCAUAUCUUUCAUAUUUUUUUUUUUUUUUUUCGAUUCUUCUCUUUUACUUUUCAUAUUCAUCGUCGACGUGCAAUGUCAUUUUUAAAUACCAUUAGAGGUUUGGGUAGAAGUGCUAAGAAGUCCAAGAAAGACGAGCCUUCCAGUUCUAAUGGCUAUAGUGCCCCUGGCUCACCAUUAAGAAGAACACAAUCACCUACCAAACUUUCACCAACAAAACAACAAAGAAUCGGUAACCAACAACCAUUUUCAAAUAACCAACUUAGCCAACCACAGUCGAGAUCACCUACAAGAAGAAGUCAUAUAAAUCAAAGUCCAAACCGCUCACCCCAACGUCAACAAGGUAACGCUUUCUCUCGUUCCAAUCAAUUACAACAACCAUCACUGCAAUCACAACAAUCUAUCCAGACCAACCGAACCCAAUCUUCUCAAGGUAAUCAGCUUCAGCAGCUGCAACAAUCCACUCAAACCAUUCAAAAUGAUGGAUUGGAUGAACCUUUACCCCUUUUCUUAUGUGAACCAUUUGUUAAAACUGCAUUAGUUAAAGGUUCUUUUAAAACAAUUGUUCAAUUACCAAAAUACGUGGACUAUGGUGAGUGGAUUGCCUUGAAUAUCUUUGAGUUGUUUAAUAACCUAAAUCAAUGUUAUGGAGUUAUAGCAGAAUAUGUUACCCCUGAAGAAUAUCCAACUAUGAAUGCUGGACCAAGAACUAAUUAUCUUUGGGUUGAUGGUAAUGGUCAAGCAGUCAAUUUACCUGCAUGUCAAUAUAUUGAUUAUGUUUUAACUUGGAUUUCCAAUAAAGUUAAUGAUCAAUCGGUUUUCCCAACUAAAAGUGGUGGUGCUUUCCCACCAAAUUUCUUAAAAGACUGUAAAAACAUAUCAAGACAAAUGUUUCGAAUUUUUGCUCAUAUUUAUCAUAAUCAUUUUGAUAAAUUUGUCCAUUUAUCUUUGGAAGCCCAUUGGAACUCGUUUUUUGCGCAUUUCAUUAGUUUGAUUAAAGAAUAUAAUCUACUUGAUAGAUCGGAAUUAGAACCUUUAUUACCUCUCAUUGAAAAUCUUGAAGCCCAAGGGAAAAUUAUAUAA